GGUCGCAAAGAAGUGAUAAAAUUCUGGAAACAACCACAGCCAUUCCUCUUCAGCUAGCUUAACAAGCUUCCCACCAAACCUUCUCACUUUCCAUUACCGAAGAACUUGAAUCUAAUUGAGAAAUUAAAUAGUAUGGAAGAAGAGCAGAUGAAAAUCCCAGAAGUUACACUAAGUUCUGGUCACAAGAUGCCUUUGAUAGGCAUGGGAACAACGGCUCAUCCUCUCCCACCAAAUGACACCCUAGUCUCAGUUUUCCUCGAUGCCAUCGACACCGGCUAUCGCCAUUUCGACACUGCCUCCAUGUAUGGCUCUGAAGAAGCCCUUGGCCUUGCCGUGAAACUGGCAGUAGAGAGAGGCCUCAUCAAGAAUCGUCAAGAGAUGUUCAUUACUUCCAAGCUCUGGUGCAGUGAUGCUCAUCCAGAUCUUGUUCUUCCUGCACUCCAAUGCACUCUCAAGACACUGGGGAUGGACUAUCUGGACCUCUAUCUGAUCCAUUUUCCACUGAGACUGAAACAAGGAAGUGGUGAUUUGGGCAGUGUUCCAAAAGAGAACAUACUUCCGUUUGACAUCAACGGGACAUGGGAGGCCAUGGAAGAAUGUUCAAGGUUGGGCUUGGCCAAGUCCAUUGGAGUGAGCAACUUUGGACACAAAAAACUUACUCAACUCCUUCAACAUGCUACCAUCCCCCCUGCUGUUAAUCAGGUAGAAAUGAAUGUUUCAUGGCAGCAGCAAAAACUGCUGCAAUUUUGCAAGGAGAGAGGUAUCCAUGUGACCGCAUGGUCUCCACUGAGUGCCAACGGAGCUCGUUGGGGUACCCUACAAGUGAUGGAGAGUCCAAUUCUUAAGGAAAUAGCAGCAGCAGAACACAAGACUGUAGCUCAGGUUGCCCUACGAUGGAUAUACCAACAAGGAGCAAGUUUUGUCGUCAAGACCUUUAACAAGGAGAGGAUGAGAGAAAAUCUUCAAAUCUUUAACUCCGAGCUAAGCACAGAUGAACUGGAGAAAAUUAAGCAGAUUCCGCAGCGAAGGGGGUGGUCAGGAGAUGUGAUUGUUCACAAAGAUGGCCCCUACAAGACAUUGGAGGAACUAUGGGAUGGUGAUACAUGAUAUUAUCUCCUCCAUUUGCCAAUCCAAAACUAUGUUAUUGUCAAUCGCAAUUCGCAUCUAAUAAACUAUGAUUCUAUGUCUUCUCAGUCUAAUGUAAACUAUGUACACCAUGAUGAUUUGGAUUAUGGAGAUCCCAACUUCAAGGUC